CAAGGUUUUUCCAAAGUCAAAUUGAAAAUCUCCAGUGAAAUUCAGUGUACAUGAAAUGUUGUGCAUAAAUAACUAGCCAUGAAAGUAUUACCGUGCCACUCACUGUGAAAAGGAUGCAUUUCCGUGUUUUAAUUUGGUUUUCGGCGUACACAAUAAUGUGACUAUGUGCAAAGUGUCGCUGCAGGUUUCAAAACAAAGAAAUUGUGAAGAAACAAAUUGAUUGCAUUUACUGAGGGGACACUCUGUACGGAACUGUAACUUUGAGUCGACCUCUCCGGGAGGCUGCUGCUGCCGCAUUGGAUGAGCGAGCUUUCCUCCAGCUGGCGUCGAUUCCUGCUGGCACGUCCGCGAUGGCGCAAUCCUUCAGCUGGUACCACCACAACCACCUCGGGCCGACCAAAACGGAGGACCAGCUGAAGGCGAAAUCGGUGCCGCUGUGCUCGGUGAACGACGUCCAGCUGCGCUUCCUCUGCCCCGAUGACCUGGAGGAGGUUCGGACGCUGUGCCAGGACUGGUUCCCGAUCGACUAUCCGCUGUCCUGGUACGAGGACAUUACGUCCAGCACGCGGUUCUUCGCGCUGGCCGCCGUGUACAACCUGACCAUUAUCGGGCUGAUCGUCGCCGAGAUUAAGCCGUACGGCAAGCUCAACAAAGAGGACCGCGGCAUCCUGUCCGAGUCGAUGGGCCGCGACGCGGACAUCGGGUACAUCCUGUCGCUUGGCGUGCACCGCAAGUACCGCCAGAACGGGAUCGGCUCACUGCUGCUGGACUCGCUCAUCAACCACCUCACCACAGCCGAGCGCCACAAGGUGAAGGCGAUCUUCCUUCACGUCCUAACGACCAACCAAACCGCCAUACUGUUUUACGAGCGACGAGGGUUCGUACUGCACUCGUUCCUGCCUUACUACUACUCGAUUCGGGGGAAGUGUAAAGAUGGCUUCACCUACGUGACGUAUAUCAAUGGUGGCCACUCGCCGUGGACGUUAUAUGACCACCUCAAGUACUGGUGUUCACUGGUCGUGACGGCCGGGGGCCUCUGCUCCUGGAUCAGCUGCCGGGUGCGGAGUGCGUUCCGGUGGGUUUGCUACCGGACCAUCUCGCGGUUCACGUUCACCCAGGACAACUGAGAUCGCGCUGCGGCCCUGGAUCACGUGGUUUAGUCAAAUAGUUACUGAAGUUCAGUAGCAAACAACAACAAAAAGCACAACUAUACAGUUAAGAUAGGCGACAAAAUGACAGAACAAGAUGUAUGAAAAUGUUUUUUUUAGAAAUAAUUUAAGUUGUUUUUACUAAUGUGUUUAGUAUAGAGUCAGGAAUAUUUAUUUUAAUCUUCCGUUUCAACUAUAGUGAGAAAGUUUUAUUCAUCAGCUAGAUUAAAUUUCGUGACCCAAAUUCUAUUCAAAACGAAACGAUUGUUAAACAUUGUGACAGUAGAGGAAAUGCAGCAUUGGCAUAAACCAAAUUUUACUCCAUCAGUAUCAUCCACUCAUGCGCAUAUCAGUUGAUGUCAGGUUAUGCUUUUUAAGCAUUACCAGAUGACCAUUUUCAACAACAGACAAAUACACAAAACAAUCAAACAUACACACCCACAUUUCCCACGCAAAGUCAUUAUGUAAGCAAUGCUGUAUUAUUAGAUCAUAAAGCGAAAAAAGAAGCGUCGAGUUUGAAUAGUUCAACAAAAAUGACACAAAGCAAAAUUGUAAAUCGUAUAAGAAAAACAACAAUAAAAGUUUAUUAUUUAUUUAAACAAGAUGUGAACAUAUAGGUGAAAAGUAGGCUCUUGAGAAGAGGACAGAUACAUAGUUAUGCCAAAUAUAUAAUGAUAUGAAGUGAA